UAAGCUUAUGGUUUGUUCUUUGGGCUUCCUGUKUAAAACCAUUUUAAUGUCAGUCCUUCUGCCUGCCUGUCUGUCUGUCGCUGUUUUCAGAGACAAAACAUUUGAAGGACUUCGACGCUAGAGACGCUUUUAGAUAURCUUUUGGCACGAAGGUAGCCUUCACAGUAUGAAAGACUUUAGGUACAUAUUAUAAUCACAAUGGCUGUUGCUGAAGCUCAUAUCAAGGCACAUGAGAAUCUUGGUCAGGGGCUGUUUGGAGUACAGUUGGAGAUUACUGCCAAACUCCUAGAAGCUGAGAAACGAAAGCUUACUCAGUUACAGCAGUUUCAGACUGAGCUGGAAGACGAUAAAAAUGUUGGUGUUGACAGGACAGCAGAAGUGCAGAGGCAAAAAGCAAACUAUGCACGUCUUUCUUCACAAUAUAAUCGUCUGGCCAAGGAAUAUGAAGAUGCAGCAAGAGGAUUGCUAAGAAAGUCCACAAAGCAGAAGAAGUCUUCCAGAAGUCUUCCAUCUCUUGGAUUCAAACAGACAAUCAAAGCACGGCCCACCAUAUUUGGCAAUAUCGUACAGGAAGCAGUUCCAGCAGAUGAAACUAAGAAGGAAGCCAAUGGAAACAGAUUGCCAUUUUUUGGGCCACACCUUGGGCCAAUGCAAGGAUUAAUUGGAGAAGUGUGUUACGAGAAUGGUCGUCUAUUAUCUGGUACGUUGGACGCCCUAAUCAAGAAACUUGUACCUUUGCCUGACUACUAUCCUGAUGACUGUGCUAAAACAAUGAAGGAUGCAUCACCUUCAGAUGCAAUAAAACUUGGUUCUAACAUCGUUCAGCUAAUGAGUGAAUGGACCGAGGCUUUCACCAACGACUUUAGAGACGAGGUCAUGAUGAUGCACUUCAAAGAUAUCACAUCGUACUGCGCAUCCUUGAGCACGGAUCUUAAAAAGCUAGUUGGACAAGUGACACAGGCAUUAUUUUGCAAGCUCGCAGUGUUUGACAAAUACGAUGAAGUUUUAACACAAGCAUCCGCUGCCGCAGAAGACAGACGGCGCACAAACCCCUCAAAAUAUAAGAGCGUGCUAGAGGUUUGCACGGAUCCUUCCAUCAUGGCACAGCAACUAAGCCACAUAGAACUGGAACGUUUAGCAAACAUUGGACCAGAAGAAUUCGUAGAAACUUUUAUUUCACGAGACGAUGCUGACUUCAAGUCGACCUUAAACGUAAUCAAAAGAACCACAAGCUUGGAAGCCUACGUAGAAUGGUUUAACAGACUUGGUUAUCUUGUUGCCACAGAAAUCUGUAUGGAAAAUAGGAAGAGCGUUCGUGCAAAGAAGAUYGAUUAUUUCAUCGAAGUAGCAAUUGACUGCUACGAUCGAGGGAACUUCAACUCCGCCAUGGCCAUCAUCGCGGGUAUGAACAUGAGUCCUGUUGCUAGACUUAAAAAGACGUGGUCCAAAGUCAAGAACAAGAAGUUCGAUCGACUGGAACGAGAAAUGAAUCCAGCGUCCAACUUCGGUGCAUACAGAACUUCCUUCAAAGCAGCGCACGAGAGAAAAGAUGAAAAGAACGAGUACGUUAUUCCUUUCUUUGGUUUGUUCUUGAAAGAUGUUUAUUUUCUAAACGAAGGGUACGAUAACAGGUGUAUUUCGUAUGAAAGAAAUGGAAAUAUAUUGAACUACCUGAUGACAGCGCCAUUGUUCUCUGACAACGAUUUAUCUUUAGCUUCGUUCGAAUGCGAGUCACCUGAAACACACUUUGAAAAAGAAAGACAGAAAUCGCUCAAGUAGGUUAUGGUCCACAAACGUGGAGCUGCACCUUACCUUCUCUCCCCCUUCCCCCUCCCCCCAAAAAAAUCCUCCUCUCUCUCCUUAUUUUUCCCCUUUUGUUCUCCAUCAUAUUUCCUUUGCAUUCCUCUCCUUCAACUCCUUUACUUUGUCUCCUCGUAA